AUGUCGAUUAAAACCGAUAUACUGCACAAAGUGGACUUUCACGAUCAGCGUCCUUUAGAUCAGCGAAAUGAAAAUUUUGCGAGGCUUGUAGCUUUUGAAUUAGAAAGAGUUCCCAUCGAAAAACGAUCAAAUUUGUAUCCUCAAAUUCUAAAUAUAAUUAGGAUUUUUCGAGGCGAUUCAAAUUUGGAUGAAUGUUUAGAGUUUGUACCAAUAAUGAGCGACUCUGACGACUACGAAGAAAGAGUCUUACCAUUAAACGUACGCUAUGAAAAAAAUGAA